UAUCGUGAUAUAUAUGAGCAAGCACUUGAACGUAUCCUUACGCGUGUUACAGAUAUACCGGCACAAGUGCCGCCGUUAACACCUGGGACCAACAAGAAGAUGACCGAGGCCCUGGAGGCUUCUUUCGCCUCCUGGGAGAAGGAACGAGUCCGCCUCAACAUAACCAAAGAUCCGAGGCAAUGGUCGGAAGCAGCUGUCGCCCACUGGUUGCACUGGGCCAUAGGGGAAUUCUCGUUGGCGGGUGUGGCGAUGCAACCGUGGCAGAACAUGACCGGGAAACAGAUUUGUGCCAUGGGCAAGGAAUCCUUUUUGGCACGUGCUCCGGCCUUCAUGGGCGAUAUCCUGUGGGAACACCUCGAGAUCCUACAGAAAGAUGUCGACGCGGCGAAGGCCACUCUGGAGAACGUGCCAACGAGCAACAUGUACGAAAGCGUAUGCGUGCCAGAGUUAGGUGAUUUCUUGGGAUACCAGAGCGGGGCGCAUCAGGCCGCGACGCCGGAACACAAGAGUCCAGCGACGCCAGCGAGUUCCGCCACCUCGAACUCGAGCUCGGCCGGGCCUCAAAGCACCGGGAAUCAGUCGACGGGCCCACCCUUGCAACCACCUACCGUCGCGGUCUCUCUGCCCUCGAGACAGUAUCAUAACGAUGGUGGUUACAAUCAUCUGCGCAGUCCCGUAUGCCAGGACGAGAGUCAGAGGGAUGAAACCUCGCCGCCGCCGCACAGCCAUAACACCCAAGCGCCCAAUUCUCAUCCCAGCACACCCAACAGCAACAACAACAACAACAACAACAACAACAACGCGAACAACGCGUACAUACACCUGCGGAACUUGAACCAGCUGAAAACAGAGUCGAACUACAGCAAUCACCAUAUAACGGAGCAUCUCCAAGGUGGUGGAGCAGGGUUGACGAGCGGCAACGAUCUCGCGGGUACAGGAACCAACGAGAGUGACCUGAGGGUCAGCCAAUCGGCCACGGAGAGCUACAUGACUCCGGCCCAUUACUCCGGAUACGACGACACAUCCGAGUAUCACAGUCUGCCGCAGGAUCACCAGCCGCCGCAUCCUUUCAACCUAGAUGGCUCGCCGGAAUUUUACAGCGCCAGUGGAAUUCACAUCGAGCCGAAGUAUCAGCCGUCGCCGUUUAAAAAUUACCCUCGAGGUCGCUAUCACGAAGGAUACAGUGAGAGCGGCGGAUACGGGCAGUACGACGCGACGCCGUUCCAGACGGUUCCAGGAAGCGGAAGCGGCGGUGGUGGCGGCAGCGUUGGCGGUGACCAAUGGGGAGUUGGUCCUCUCGAACACCUGUCUCAUCAUCCGGCAUUCCUGGCUGGUCUUGGUCCAAGGGACUCUUCCAAUCCUCAUCACCCUUCGUCUAUUGGAAACAAUCCUGAUCAGAAACCUCUGCUGCAAAGCGCGAUGAUCCCUGGUUACACAAACAGUGGACCCUGCUUUACCGGUUCCGGUCCCAUUCAACUCUGGCAGUUCUUGCUAGAGCUGUUAACAGAUAAAUCGUGCCAAGGAUUUAUCUCGUGGACUGGCGACGGCUGGGAGUUCAAGCUGACGGAUCCGGAUGAGGUGGCUCGUCGUUGGGGUAUCCGUAAAAACAAGCCUAAAAUGAACUACGAGAAACUGAGCCGCGGUCUCCGUUAUUAUUACGACAAGAAUAUUAUACAUAAAACAGCCGGCAAACGAUACGUUUACCGCUUUGUCUGUGACUUACAGAGUCUCCUAGGAUACAGUCCAGAAGAACUCCACGCAAUGGUAGAUUUGAAGCCAGAGAAAAAGGAAGAAGACUGAGCUAUCAGACAUGUUUGAGGAUCGUGUCGUUUUACAAAUUGAAAAAAAAAAGCAGGAAAUGACGGAAGAAGGAAUACGAGUGAUUCCUUAAUACCGCACUGGAACGAGGUUAAAACUGACACUCUAACGAACAAUAUGGAACGAACAAAGACGAAGGAAUAAGUAACUGAUGUAUUGUUAAACGAAAGAAUUCUUCUAAUAAGAUGGAAGACAAACCAAUUGAUGUCUUCUAACGUUCAGAUAUAUAAUAAAAUCGAAUCGGUCGUAUGUACCAAAGACAGGGUCUGCAUACCAUUGGUGCCUAAAGUUAAUGACUAAAAAAUUGUGAAUUUGUUUCUAAGUGAUUAAUUUGCCAAGCCAGAUUUUAGAAGAUAUUUAUAGGAAAUAACUCAACAAUUUAUACAUAUUAUAUAUAUUAUACAUAUAAAUAUAUAUAUAUAAAUACAUAUAAAUAUAUAUAUAUAUAUAUAUUUUUAAUGUUACAUCAUUUCUAAGUACCACGUCGAGCAUACGAUGCGUCUAAAUUAUUUAUGUCCCAUCAUUUUAAACAUGCGUGUUAUAUCUCGUUGACAGAUAACACCAUAUGUGAUUGUUAUUACUAUAAUUUUACUACAAUAAAGCCAUUAUACCAUUAUUAUAAACGGCGAGCUUGAAUUCGACGUUUAAAUGCUUUUCUACGUGUAGAUUAUUAACUAAGGUCUAGUAUUAAAAAAUACUGUGUUUCCGAGCUCGCUUGACUGCAACAACUGUUACGAAUUUUUCUUUCUUUUUUUUUUUUUUUCCUAUUCACUUCCUCAAUGUUUGACAUGCGACCAGUCGGAGUACUAUAAUUAAGAGAGCGUUUCAGGUGCGAAGAAAGUAUACUGUUAAUUUCUCUACGAGUUGUAUAUUCGAACACAUUUCUUUUUCUUUUUUUAAUCUUAAAAAUGAAAUGAUUUCGUUUCGUUGAUCUCUACAUUUUUCCAACGAUUAAAAAAAAAAAAUGAUUAUUUUCUCGAUGGAAGGGACGACGUGCAACCAGUAUUGAAGAUCAUAGAUGCAUAAAACAGUAUUUGUAAUAGAAAGCAAUAACAUCUUUUGGCACUUAAAGAUUUACUUCAAACAAUCGCUAAAAUUUUUAUAUAUUUUUGCCUAUCUGAUAGUUUGAAUAUUAAUACAGUAAUACUAAAUUCAUCGCUUCUCUAUUUCGAAUACUGCUUUGUUUAUAAUGCGCAGGGAAGAAAUGACGUCUGCUUUCCGUAGAAAAUUUUCUGUCAGAUCCUGUGUAAAUCCAUCGGAAACCCGUAACGCUGUCGUUUUUCGUGAAUCAUAGCAAUAAUCGACAUAUAACCGUUCUUAAGUGAUACUUUAUGAUUUACAUUGUACAUAACGUGUACACGUCUGAAACACUCGAUAAACGCGUGUAUAGGAGAAAUUCGACUAAAUAAUGUUACGACGUUAGUUUGCGUGAUCCUCACCGUAUUUCGAUGAGCAUUUUUUACAUUGUAAAAAACGUUAUUCUGUUGAACGUAAUAAUUAAUUGUAAUGAUAUCAAUUGUAUUGAUAUAUGUACGACAACAGAUAGAAAAGAAAAAAAACCAGGAAAUUUCUUAGAUGCGUUAUAUAUAUACGGCUGUAGCUACAUAUUUUAUAUAAAUUAAGUUUCUUUAACAAUAUUUGUUAAAUGUUCGGAUCAAGAGAGAGAGAGAGAAUGUGUGUAUGUGUAUGAGUAUGCGUGCAUGCGUGUAUAUGUGCGAAAGAGAGUAAACGAGAGAGAAAAAAAUGACGAUGGAACGGUAAACUAUGGUUGAACAAUAUUUGAUAACGAUAAAACAAAGACUCGUGGAUCGACGAUUAACUGCGAUUCAAGAAAACAUCAAGUUGAUCGCAAAGAUAAAUAGAUCUUGGCAUAUCCGUCACGAUUGUUAAGUUUUCUAUAUCGAACGAAAUAAUUUAGGCACGUUUCGACAAAUUAGCAACAUUAUGGUUAGCAGUAUACCAAUUUCGAAAAGUAACUCACGAACGGAAAGUUCGAGUAAAGUCAACGGAGUCACUGCGGGUGUAGUGUAAUUUCGACAUUCGUGGUAAAAAUGUAAAAAAAAAAGAAGAAAAAAACACGCGCGUAUCGUGGUUUGUAAAUCCCUCCUUCUCUGCACACGACUAGACGUUCGUAAAUUAUGUUUGAAUACUCUUAGUCGAACGAAGCAGAAGAUGAAAAAUUAUGUAAAGUUCUCUACUACGUAUGUGUGUAAAGCAUUCAAUCAUCGUUUUCGACUACUCUGUGAAGUUACGACCGGCGACAUGUGAAAAUUUUUCAAAGUAGUUGCAAUAAAAUAAAGAAAUUUUUAUAAAUAUAUUGAA